CCAUCCAACAAGUACUCUAUUUCCUACAUCAAAUUCAGAAUCAACCAGAACACCAUUCAAAGUCAGUCACCCCUCUCUUGUUUCGAGGAAAUCUCCGAUAUGGGAAUCCGUUUGCCAUCGAUUCUUCUUAAUGCCAAGCAGAUUCUGAAAAUGCAAGCUAUAUCUGCAAGAAAUCAAUUCAAUGUUCCCAAAGGCCACAUUGCAGUCUACGUGGGAGAGAUUCAAAGGAAGAGAUUUGUGGUACCUAUAUCAUACUUGAAGCAUCCCUGUUUUGUAGAUCUUCUCAAUAGAUCAGAAGAAGAAUUUGGAUUUUGCCAUCCAAUGGGCGGCUUGACGAUUCCAUGCAGAGAAGAUGCUUUCUUAAAUCUCGCUGCUAGGCUGCCCAGAUCAUGAAAGUUGAAAGAACAAAAAGGAAAUGUUCUUGAUCACAGUUUUGCCACCCCCAGAUUUAGGAAGUAGAGUGAGAUAAUACUGUACAGUGACUUGGUUGUUUGAGAAAUGGAAAUUACAUUA